AAUUUUCACAUUGUUCUUUUUUUUUUUUCCUUCCACUUUUGUCCUCAUCCGUCAUGACAAACCCUCGUGCUAUCGAGAUAGAAUACACGCAAGUGCCCAGCGGGACUGGAGAGGAUGGGUCUCUCGAAGGAAAGGCGCUCGUAGACAGCGCGGCACACGAUGCGGCUCACCAACAUGACCUAACAAUCCGGCAGGCCAUCAAAUACUACCGCUGGGCCAUUUUCUGGUGCCUAGCAGUCAGCAUGACCGUCAUCAUGGAAGGGUACGAUGCCAUUUUGCUGGGGAAUUUCUGGGCAUAUCCAACAUUCCAGAGAAAGUACGGCGUCUGGGUUGGCGUCAGCGAAACCACGCGCUCGGGCUACCAGCUCACGCCGGCUUGGCAGGCCGCGCUGGGUAACGGGGCCGGGAUAGGGUCUUUCUUUGGAGCGAUUGCGGAUGGGUAUCUCGUCCAGCGCUUCGGUCCACGAAACACAAUCUUGGGCGCGCUCAUUGUGAUGGUCUUUUGCGUCUUUGCCCCGUUUUUUGCCCAGAACGUCGAGACUCUCCUUGCUGGGCAGAUUUUGUGCGGUCUUCCUUGGGGCGUCUUUGCCAGCUCGUCCCCAGCAUAUGCCAGCGAACUACUUCCCAUGAAGCUCCGCGUCUACUUUACCAGCUGGACCAACAUGUGCUUCAUCAUCGGCCAGUUCCUCGCCUCGGGGGUCCUGCGAGCCUGUCUCGUCCGCGACGACGAGUGGGGCUACCGCAUCCCCUUUGCCCUGCAGUGGUUCUGGCCCGCGUGGCUCAUCCCACUGCUGUAUUUCGCCCCCGAGUCCCCCUGGCACCUCGUCCGGAGGGGCAGGCUUGAAGAAGCCGAGCGCUCGCUGGAGCGGCUUCAAGAUGCCGACGCCCCGCUGUCCACCAAGGAGACGCUGGCGUACAUUGUCUGCACCAACAACCUCGAGCAAAAGAUGUCGGUCGGGACGGGCUACCUGGACUGCCUUCGCGGCUUUGAGCUCCGGCGCACCGAGAUCGCCGCCGUCAGCUUUGGGGGACAGGUCCUCUGCGGGACGGCGCUGGCUUACAACGCCACCUACUUUUACGAGCAGAUCGGCCUCCCGGCCUCGCGCAUCUAUACCCUCAACGUCGCCGGCUACGGCCUCGCACUCGCCGGCGCCUUUUGCUCGUGGCUCUUCCUGCUCCCGCACGUCGGCCGGCGCACAAUCUACCUCUGGGGCUCGGGGGUCAUGUGCUUCCUGCUGUACCUGAUCGCGGUGCUGACCUCGUGGAAGUCGCACCAGGCCGUCGCCGAGAGCCAGGCCUACCUGACCAUGGUGUGGAAGUUUGUCUUUCAGCUGUCGGCCGGCCAGCUGGGCUGGGCCAUCCCUGCCGAGAUUGGCAGCACGCGCCUGAGGCAAAAGACGGUGGUGCUGGCGAGGAACGCCUACUACCUGAUCCACGUCGUGGCCAACAUCCUGCAGCCCUACUUUAUGAACCCCACGGCCUGGAACGUGGGGGCCCGCACCGGCUUCCUCUGGGGCAGCACCGCCUUGUUGUUUUUCGCCUGGGCGUUUUGGAGACUUCCCGAAACCAAGGACAGAACGUACGAGGAGCUGGAUGUUCUGUUUGCCAAUCGCACGCCGGCAAGAAAGUUCAGAUCGACAAAGGUUGAUGUCUUUGGUCAGGAUGCGCACGAGCUCAAGGCCAGUCACAAAGAUUUAGAUUAG